AUUAAGAAAAUUUAAAACCUAUAAUAUAUUAUUUUGUAAAUAAUUAAUUCGAGUCACUUUUGCAGAUUUCAUAGUGUAUAUUUUUCUAAAGUUCCGUAUGUGAACCGGAAGUGACCUGUAAAAAUGGCGAAGGGAACAUCAAUUCUGUACUUGUUCGCAGUAGCGGUUGUCGGACAGGCUUUGACACCAUCCACUUUUCUGACAACUGUGGACAGAGAUCGUCUGCGAUCAGUGUUUGAAGCAGCACAACCGUUCACAGAUGCCGCAAAUGCACAUUAUUCUAUACUUGGUCUUAAGCUGCUCGGAGCAACAAUUGCAAAGGAGCAGGAGGUGUGUAAAAGUGUAACAUCCAGUGUUGACACCAACAGUGUGGCUUCCUGGUUCCACGCUUCAACAGCAGCAAAAGCGCUGAGUAACUGUAAGCUGGCACCUGGCAGUGCCCAGAAACUGCUUGGGGAUGCUAUCUCUCAGGAUUCCAGCGUUGCUGAUAUCUACUUCUCAUUCUUUGCCCUUAAAAAUUUGGGACUGACUGUUGAUAAUGGCAAAGUUACAGCAGCUUUGACUGAAGCCUUGAAGAAAGAUGACAGCCCCAUGAGCCAUGGCUUUGCCUUCAACAUUGUGUCAGAGAUAGGAGGGGCUGAUGUGAACAGAUACUUUGACCUGAUAGAAGACAUUGUAGCUCAAGCCGAUGAAGUGGAUGAUAAAUAUCUUCAGUACGAAGGUGGUUUAUUCGUGACAGCUUCAGUGGUAGAAGGGGCCUACAAAUUAUCUGCCAAGGCCAACAAGGCUCCGGUUAUUUCUCAGGAUAAAGUGUUGAAGUUUGCCAACUAUUUGCUGAGCCGUAAACAUGUCCACCAACUGAAGUCCGCCUACAAACUCCUGGCAGCUGUCUCCAUCCUUACCACUAACAAGUACCAUAUUCCUGUAGCUGUAACCUUGGCGAGCCCCGUGUCUGUCAGCCAGUCGAAACCAACAGUCCAGGUUCGUGUUUCAAACAUCAUGGGUGGUAGCUUGGGCAAGAUGACAGUGACCGCAGACAGUGCCAAAAACCUUGGAGACCAGUCUGUCGUCAUCAGCAAGAAACCAUUUAAGGCUACUUCUGAUGAUGCCUUGUUUGAGAUGGACUUUAUGGCUAACAAGCCAUCCAGUGGCUUCUACAACGUUGCUAUCAGUGUUGCCCCAGCCAAGGCUGACUCACGGUUGCUGGGGGUGACUGGUGCAUCGGUAACUGUCAAGGUCACAACCCAGGUCUCCCUGGAGAAUGUGGAAAUCGGUGUGGCAGACAGGGACCAGGUGGUGGCACCUAAACCUACACGGGUUCAACACCCAGGCCGUGUUGGCGCAGCCCUGGAGGCUGACUUCCACCAGAAGGUGAUCAUGAAGUUCUUGCUGAAGGACAAGAUGUCGGGCUCAGCUUUUCCCGCACACCAGACAUUUGUGAGACUCACUAACGCCGAGUCUAAGCAGGAGAUCAUUUUUGUGGCGGAGGCAGAUAAUUCCAACAACUACAAGUUUGAUCUGAAUGUAGGAAGCAGUGCCAAGGAUUUCGGCUACAAGUCUGGGAAGUACAGUCUGGAGCUGGUGAUUGGAGAUGCUGUUAUUGAGAACCCCAUCGCAUGGAACCUUGCCGAUCUUCAACUGACCUUCCCAGCAGCCCCGGGCAAAGCCGAGAAACAAGACCAGUAUGCUAAGAAACCGGAAAUCAAGCAUCUGUUCCGUGAACCAGAGAAGCGGCCAUCCCAGACGGUCUCCAUGGCGUUCACCCUGUUGGUCCUGGUACCAUUUGCGGUCCUCUUCCUCUGCUGGAUGAAGGUUGGUGUGAACAUCUCCAACUUCCCAUUCUCCGUCAGUGCUAUCGGAUUCCAUGUCUGUCUUGCAGCCGUGUUUGGUCUGUACUACUGCUACUGGACUCACCUGAACAUGUUCCAGACGUUACGCUACCUUGGGUUGCUGGGCGUUCCCACCUUUAUAUUUGGAAACAGAAUGCUUAGUGCUAUAGCUGCAAGAAGGAAGGGUGAAAAGUCGUCAUAGAGCUCAAGAGGUUCAGCGAAGUAUGAAUGGGUCCAACAGUGUGUGAGAGAGAUGCGUGUUUCCUUGAUCAUAACACACAUCUAGAUAACUUAUUUACACUGUUCUUUUUCUGGAUACCACCAUUUUUACACUACAUAUUUCUUAUUUUGGCAUGUAAAUUCUGCUCUUGAUUAAAAAAAAAAUAAAAAAAUUAUCAUCCAGAAUUUUGGUGUAAAAUCUUACAAAAUACGACAUAUGCGUUAAGGUCAGUUAAACUAUGUAUAAAUAAUUAAGAUUGUUAGAUUUAUUAUAUUAAUAUAUUUUACAACAUUUUAAUUUUCAAUAUACCAAAGAUUCCUUACUUUCAAAGGUAUGAACUUGGUACAUGUGUAGAUAGUUGUGAAUAAAGCAGUGAAAAUGUUCAUCAGGUAGAAGCAGAAACACGGAUUGUUCAAAAUAACAUAGGCGGGAAAUAGGUUAUUUACCUGGGAUCUAAAGACUGAUGAUUUCCAAUAUAACAACCGAGCCAUUUCUGUAUUUUUGUCUUUAAUUUCUCCUUAAGUUUAAUAUACUUUUAAGUCAAAAUUUGUAACUGACCCAUUGUUAAAAUUUUCCUUCAACUAUAAGAAAAUGUUUAAGACCAUUUUAAACAAGCCUCCAGUUAAAAUAUAUGCGAUUGUAAAAAUAAUAGAUGUGUUUCUGUUUAAAAAAAAGUUGUUAGAAAGUGUGUUACAUUAUUUAUCGUGCUUUUGUCGUGUCCUUUCAACUAGGAUUUUAAAAUGAUUCCAUGUGAAUUCCAUGUGCAUAUCUGAAUUGAUGUAUUUAUGCAAUAUCAUGUUUUGUGUUUAACUGAGAAAAAAUCAUGUUGGGUGAAUAUUGAAUUAGUUUAUAUAUUACAAUUAAAUUUAAAUUACUUGUCUUAA